AUGGAUGAAACUUGGAAGUCUCGAUUAGAAGAGAUUCUGCACAUCAUAGCAGAUCCGUUUUUGAGAGACUUUCUGAAAACAGGUACCGCUGAGAAAAACAUGACAUUGAUCCAACAAUCAGAAAAGGUGGUAGAGCAGCUUUUCAAAGAAGCAAUCAUUGUUUCCAUGGAAGAAUCUAUUGUUCGUCCUAAUAUACCACAAGAAGAAUUGAAAAGAAGACAGGAAGCGCAACUAGAGGGGAAUGCUAGAAAGUAUCAAAAGAACAGUCUUGUUAUGAAGAAGGAAGUUAGACCAUCACAAGUUAAAUCGUUAAAAACUCAGAAUAUAAUUGAUCAAGAGGAAUUGAAAUUGUUUUUGGAUAAACUGUUGGAUGAGCUUGAAGUGAUUACAGCCCCAGCACAAUAUCCAAUACAUCCACAAACAGUGUCACCAUUAGCAGAAUUAUAUUAUUUAACUCAGACCCUUCCAUUGAUCAAACUACUUCCCGGGUGUCAUAAAGUUUUAAUGACAGAUAAUUUUGAACUGGCUCUAGCUGAAGGUAAGAUAGCAGUUUUGUAUUCGCGAAUCGAAGAAUUGAAAAGACAAGGGAAAUGGUCUUUGCGACAGCCACUGAAGUUUUAUGAUCCAUUCAAGUUUAUAAGGAGGUCAAAAAAGAGAACAUUUCAUUGGGACUAUUUACUUCAGGAAGCGAAAUGGAUGACAGAUGAUUUCCGAGAAUCACUGAAGUACAAAAAAUGGUGUUGUGUGAUAAUGGCGGAAGCAGUUGAAGAAUACUGGGCUGUUGGUAAGAAGGUGUGCAUAAAAAGAAAGCCAAUCAAGUAUUUGGAUAAUGAAGAUACAGAUAUGGAAACAGGAAAUGAAGUUAAUCAUGAUCCACUAGGAGCUGUCUCCGGUACACAAGAAGGCAACAACAUUAAACAAGAGGAGAAAACACCUUGUCUUGAGAAUAUAAGUGAACCUGAACCUCGAACGAUUGAUACAUCAAUAUUGUUAGCAAAGAGCGAUGACUCUCGUGUUGAUACAAGUUCUACAAUUAACAUUACUGAACACACCAAUGGAAGUGCCAAACCAGAGCCUCCACAAGAGCGUGUUUUCAAAUCAUACAUAACCCUAGAUGAAUUAAAGAAAAUUGAUCAAUCCAUUGUUAAGAACUUGCCGGUUUUCUCGGCGUUUGAUAACCACACGGUUCAACCAAAGGAGUUACCAAUUGCAUCGGUAUCACGGUUGUUGUAUCCACAGGAAGGUGAUGAGCAAUGGCAUAAAAUCGUGCUUCGAGACCGGGUUGAUGAAAGUAGCAUUCUGUAUGGUCCCCCUGAAUACCAAAAGGGGUUAUUUGGCACCCAAUCACACAGACGUUUCAAUCCAUUGAAGCCGCCAAAACCACCAUUGAUAAAGAAUAUUGAAUAUAGAUCACCCACUAUUUGGCUUCCUCAAGACGAUAAAAGACUUAUUCAUUACGUUGCUGAAUUUUGUUUUAAUUGGGACUUGAUUUCAGAACAUAUCCUGUCAGCAUCUUCAGCUGUCAGUCUAAAGAAAUACGAAUCUAAUAUUGAAAGAAGAACCCCGUGGCAAUGCUUUGAAAGGUACAUACAAUUGAAUGAUAAAUUCCAAUUUUCCGAUAUGAAAGGAGUAUAUGCAUAUCAUGCACAACAGUGGCUAGAGCAUGCACAUUUAGCACAACUGACUACAAAACGAAGAAUAUCCCCAUUAGGUGUUGGUGUUGAAUCCAUACAAAGGGGUAGUCGGAAAUUGCGUUGGGCAUCGAUGUUUGAUGCCAUGCGCAAAGCUAUGAAGAAAAGAGAGAUUGUUGCUGCAAAGAUGAAUCACCGCAAGUCAACAAAUGAAAUACAAGCAAGUCAACAACAACAGGCAAAUUCAUUGGAUUCUAAAUCAAACAAUGAUAGAAUUCCUACCCCAGCUGAGUUAUCGAAGUUGAAAUUUGAAAGAGAUAAAGCUAUAAAUGACACGAUAUUGAACCAGACUAUUAGUAAACAAAGGUUACUCCAGCAUCAUCAACAGCAACAACAACAGCAGCAGCAACAACAACAACAAAGGCAUCAACAACAAAGACAGCAACAACAACAAGUACAAUUACAACAACAACGCCACCAUCAACCUCAGCCUCAUCCACAACCACAACCACAACCUCCACAACAAUCUCAACUUCACCCAUCGACCUCGCAACAACAGAUGCAUGCACAAGUCAGGAAUGUUGGGGCUGCCCCGAAAUCAAUGCCUGGACCGCGUAUACUGAUGCCUAAUGGACAUUCAAAUGCUAACCAAAUAGUUCCACCUCAUCCUACAAAUGUACCAAUAAGACAGCCAAACUCUCAAAAUGCCCAAGUUCCGAUUAAACGACCAACUACUCCUAAUGGUACACCAUUGACAAAUGAACAAAUACAACACUUGAUUCAAAUGCAGAAACAAAGAAGAAUGCUUCAGCAACAGCAACAGCAACAGCAGCAACUUCAACAACAGCAACUUCAUUCACAACAGCCACAACGAAUGAAUGUGAACUCACAAGCGAUGAGAGUGGGAACACCUAAUGGUCAACAAGUAUCCCCGAUUUCUGGUCCGCAACCUCAACCACAACCACAACAGCAGCCUAGAAGACCACUUUUCCCACCAGCACAGGUUUCAAUGGUCAUUAAUGAGAUCCAGAAACAAAAUCCAGGUUUGGCCAAAGAUCAGGUUACAAAGCUUGCUGCUCAGUACCUUGCGAACCUACUGCAGCAACAAAAUCGGAUGAAUUCCCAGUCACCUCAACCACAACAAAAUAUCAAAGCUCUGCAACAGCAAGUACAACAAGUGCAAAGAAACAAUGUUAGCCCCAACACAAGAAUUGGUCCUUCCCCAGAUAACACAAACCAUCAAAUGGCUAUGAUGCAAGGUAGUCCCUCGUCACCCUUGCCACAACAGUAUCCAAAAAAUCAAUCAGCAUCACCGAUGACAGGGUCUCCUAAUGUUUCGUAUUCAGAAAUACAAGGUAGAAGAAGUAAUGGAUCAUAA